CUCCAAUCAAAUAAUUACAAACAAUCUUCCACUAUGCCUCCUACCAGACAAUCUUCAAAGCCGAAGCCAGCGCCCAAACGUUCGGCGAGCGCUCCUACGCCUCCCGCGAAACGUAGCGGGCCGGGGUCGACUCCUAGAAGGAGUGCGACGCAGAACUAUUAUUCGUCUGGGUCGGGUGGUGCGAGGCAGGCACAGGUGCAGAGAUCUCGCUCGACACCACACCAGCGUGCUUCAGGCUCAGGCUCAGGCUCGAAGCCGAGUUCGAGGUCUGCUUCUCAUCACCGUUCCGCCCAGCCUCCACCACGAACAACUCAACACGUCCACCGCUCGCAACAGAGGACUUCAUCUGGUCGGCCCGUUUAUGUCGUGUGUAAUCGGCAACAUGUCGAUGAUGGGUUUUAUGCGAAAUGUCAGCGAGUCUUGAGGCGGUUCGUCAAAUGGGACCAAUAGUCAAUACUCGGUGAUCGCUGGUCGAUCAAUCGUGGUAUUGAACGACGACGAGUCGCGAUUAAUCGGAUGUCGUCGUCUGCGUGUCGAACGGGGGCCGACGUUCGCGCUUUACGAAAUAGCAUGUCUUCCACGAAUAACGAACAACUAGGCGAAGAAAUUACGAUUGGUGCAGUGCAAGCCCCCUUGAUUCCCAACUUGCUGUCCUUAUCUCCACGUACAUAGAUAUAUCAUACCCUAUAUCUCCUUCUCUCAUUUAAAUUAUAGAUCUAUCAACAUCUCCCGAUCAUAUUUUAUUCCAUCUCCU